UACAUCACGUUGCUGCUAGCACGAGCGAGCACAUGUUAAAGGCUUCAUUAAAGGCUUCAUCCUGCAACACCAACCUGGGGUUUAAGCUCAGUCGGGUUCAAUACAAGGCAAGGACUAUAUCGAAGCAAUUAUAUUUUUACCUGAGCAUGAACGCAGCAUGACACAACAACAAAGAUGGCGUGCUGUGGGAUGUGUGUGUGCUGCCACUGCUGCUGCAGAGAUGGAGAAACACGAACACCAGAAGAGCUGGCAAUCCUUGGGGAAAUCCAUGAUGAAGACGAUGAGAUUCUUCCUCGUAAAGACUAUGAGAGCUUGGAUUAUGACCGCUGCAUUAAUGAGCCCUAUGUGGAGGUUCUGGAGGGGACGGACAAUAAGAAAGCCAAAAAGUAUGAAGCUGUACGGUGGAUAAUGGUGUUCGCUAUUGGUGUCACCGUGGGUCUGGUUGGCCUAUUUGUGGAUUUCUUUGUGCGCCUCUUCAGCAAAAUCAAGUUUAGUGUGGUUGGUGAUUCUGUAGAGGAGUGUGCUGAAAAAGGCUGUCUCCCUCUGUCUUUGUUGGAGCUCCUGGCAUUCAACAUGUUCUUUGUCUUCAUUGCCAGUGUGCUUGUCCUCAUUGAGCCAGUCGCUGCCGGUUCAGGGAUCCCGGAAAUUAAAAGUUACUUGAAUGGCGUGAAAAUCCCAGGAAUUGUCCGACUGCGAACUUUUCUAUGCAAAGCUACUGGAGUUCUGUUCACUGUGGCUGGAGGUAUGUUUGUGGGGAAAGAAGGUCCGAUGAUUCACAGUGGAGCCAUUGUGGGAGCCGGCCUUCCUCAGUUUCAGAGCAUCUCCUUCAAAAAGAUCAAAUUUGAUUUUCCCCAUUUCCGCAGUGACAGGGACAAGCGGGACUUUGUGUCAGCGGGGGCUGCAGCUGGAGUUGCCGCUGCCUUUGGUGCCCCUAUAGGUGGCACCCUGUUCAGUCUGGAGGAGGGCUCUUCUUUUUGGAACCAGGGACUCACUUGGAAAGUGCUCUUCUGCUCCAUGUCCGCCACGUUCACCCUCAACUUCUUCCGUUCAGGGAUCAUGUUCAACAUGUGGGGCUCCUUCCAGCAGCCGGGUCUGCUCAACUUUGGAGAGUUCAAGUGUCCAGAUGGAGACAAGAAAUGCCACCUGUGGACAGCUGUGGACCUGGGCUUCUUUGUCCUGAUGGGGGUGGUGGGCGGUUUGCUGGGCGCGCUCUUCAACUGCCUGAACAAGUGUCUGGCGAAAUAUCGCAUCAGACACAUCCAUCCCAAGGCCAAAUUUAUCAGAGUUUUAGAGAGUUUGCUGGUUAUCAUGGUGACAACAGUGGUGAUAUUCGCAGCCUCCAUGCUGCUGGGCGAAUGUCGUGACCUGGCGUUCCCCACACCUCAUAACACCACACAGUCCGGUGGCGAGGACAUCAACUCGACCAUCCGCCAGUUCUUCUGUAAAAACAACACCUAUAAUGACAUGGCCACGCUGUUCUUCAACCCACAGGAGGUUGCCAUCCGCCAGCUCCUCCACCAGGACGGUACCUUCAGCCCUGCGACUCUAUCCAUAUUUUUUCUGCUGUACUUCCUGUUGGCCUGUUGGACCUACGGUGUGUCUGUACCUAGUGGUCUCUUUGUCCCAGCAUUGCUCUGUGGGGCAGCAUUUGGACGCCUGGUCGCCAACCUCCUCAAUGUGAAUCUAGGAAUGGACAUCUACUCGGGGACCUACGCUCUCAUCGGCGCUGCUGCCUUUCUUGGAGGUGUGGUCAGAAUGACCAUCAGUCUCACUGUCAUCCUCAUUGAAUCCACCAAUGAAAUCACAUAUGGACUACCCAUCAUGAUCACUCUAAUGGUCGCUAAGUGGACAGGAGAUUUCUUUAACAAGGGCAUCUAUGACAUCCACAUUGAGCUCAGAGGAGUGCCGCUACUAGAGUGGGAGACUGAGGUUGAGAUGGACAAGCUAACAGCUAGUGAUAUCAUGGAGCCAAAUUUGACCUACGUGUACCCCCAUACCCGGGUCCAGUCCCUCGUCAGUAUCCUGCGCACAACCGUCUACCACGCCUUUCCUGUGGUCACUGAAAACCGGCAGAAUGAGCGAGACUUCAUGAAGGGCAACAUCCUGGUCAGCAACAACAUCCGCUUCAAGAAAUCCAGUGUGAUGUCUCGCGCGGGGGAGCAGCGGCGGCGCUGCCAGUCGAUGAAGUCAUACCCGUCCAGCGAGCUGAGAAAUGUCUGUGACGAACAGAACGCUGUGGUAGCGCCAGCAGAGGAGGGAGAGGAUCUGCUGCAGCAAAUGUUGGAGAGGAGACACGCUCCCUACCCCAACCUGUACCCAGAUCAGUCUCCAAGUGAGGAGUGGACCAUGGAGGAGCGUUUCAGGCCUCUCACCUUUCAUGGCCUCAUUCUGCGCUCCCAGCUGGUCAACCUGCUCAUCAGCGGAGUCUGCUACGCUGAGAGUCAGUCAAGUGCCACUCAGCCCAGGUUGUCCUAUGCAGAGAUGACUGAAGAUUACCCACGUUACCCCGACAUCCACGAUGUGGACCUCACUUUGCUCAACCCCCACAUGAUAGUGGAUGUCACCCCCUAUAUGAACCCAAGUCCCUACAUAGUGUCACCCAACACCCGCGUUUCCCAGGUGUUCAACUUGUUCAGGACCAUGGGUCUGCGACACUUGCCGGUGGUCAAUGCUGUUGGAGAAAUCGUUGGAAUAAUUACGAGACAUAAUUUAACCCACGAGUUCCUUGAGGCCAAACUGCGACAGCACAACAUCACUUUUUGAUCCGAUUUUUCUGGCCCUUGUCUCUCGCAUUCCUAUCUGCAUGUAGACAAUAGGGAACACAAUUUUUCCACUCAGUGAAACCAUUGUUUUCUACCAACAGACUCAUAUAUUUACCAGGUUAGAGGAGUCGUUGGCCUUCGUCCAACCUACUUUCCGGUCUUCUGUUUUCAGUAAUGGGAGUGGACACACAAACCAAGGGUCUGGUGGAACCAUAUUUGUUUAUUUGUCUGAGAAUUUGCCCAAAAUGAUUCAGAUUUUAUCCAUAUUUAUUUACACCAGAGGACCUGAAAGCGUUAUUUUUAAAUAUUGGAAAUAGCUGCAGUUAUUUUGUUGACUUAGUGUCAUUAUUUCAUUAAAAUUGAAAUAAAAAUUAUUAGAUUUUUUCCAAUAUGCACUACUUUAGUGGCACUAGUCGUUACACGUUUACUGUAUCAGACCAAAAGCUAUCAUGUCCAGCAGAAGCACACUCUGGUUUGUGGAUUAUGUUUUUAUUAAUCUUUUUUUUUUUCUUUCACAUCAUAUCCAUUAAACUGUCCUUCUUCCUUCCAUAGGGAGGGAACCACUAUAAUAGAUGGAUAAAGCUAUAAAGAUACAAAGCAACUGUACCUCAUGGGAUGUUGGUUUCCAGGUGAAAAUGAAGGCAAUGGGACCCGUUUAUUUCUUUAGAUUUUUAGUGGUUUAAAACUACCAAAAUGAGAUUCAUAACUUUUUUUGUUGAUAUUUUAUCAUUGUUGUCACUGCUGCACUUUUUAUUUUUGACUACCGUCUGUAUGUUUUAAUUUUUCGUUGGAGUGUCUGGAAUAAUGUGCACUAAAAAAGGGGCCGACAAUUACUCACGGCCUGCGACUAAACUACGCACACAGUUGCUUCUGGGACAGUUUAGGGUCUUGUUUUCAACAGUCUGUAAGUACAUUACAGUGGAGUUGCAUUCAUGGCACGCGGUAACGUUUGCUCGGUCAUUUCCUCGUCGGUUCAGUGUCGGAAUAUGCUAGGGCUAAAAGGAUUGUUAGUCUCACAUUAUCUAUUUUUGUUACGUCAUAGAGGAUUUAAAUGCUCAAACGAUCCAGUUUAAAUAACACUGUGUCAUGUUAGUCUUCUGAUAUCUGUCUGGUUAUUUGUUUUAAUAUAUUAUUUCAUCGUCAUUCCUAAAAGUGACUUAAAUGUGACUAAAAGGGAGUGUGGUUGUACUUUUAUUCCAGGGUAUGACCAUGACGGCACAUAAUAUGUACAUCAGGCACCCCGAUUUGUUAAUUUUCUCUGCUUUAUAUUUUAUUCCAGAGGUUAUUUUUCUAUGAUUUUAUUUGAAUGAUUUGCUGCCUGUGUUGUUUGAUGAUUCAGUUUUAAUGCAGUU